CCAUAGCAUGUCGAACAAGAUGGGUGGAAUCAAGCGUAAAGAAGCGCCUUCGGCAGCGGCACAGCGUGAAAAGAAGCAGAAAACCAGCAGCUCCAAAGCGACCAAGUACGACAAGCCGGCCAAACGAUCGCAUCUCGAAGAAGCCGCCGCGCACGAUGGCGACGACGACGGGGAGGGCGAGGAGAUGGAUGUAGACACCAGCGGAAUGAACACGGAGCGUGGGAACAUGGUCAAGGCUAAGCCCAUGAGCAACACGGGUGCCAAGUUCAAGCUGGAUGGAUCAUCAGCGGAAGCACAUCAAAAGCAGCGCCAACUUGCCAAAGAGCGCAAGGCCGCAAAGCCCCAUGCGGACGUCGUACAUCGAUCGAAGCAGCUGUGGGAGAAGCUGCGCAGGAAGUCACAUGUCCCCAAAGAGGAACGCAACGAGCUGCUGGACGAGCUCUUCUCCAUCAUCGACGGCCGUGUGCGAGAUUUCGUCUUCAAGCACGAUUCUGUGAGGGUGAUACAGUGCGCCAUCAAGUACGCGCGACCCGCUCAACUGAAGGGCAUCGUAAAGGAGCUGCAAGAAGACGUGAAAGACCUGGUCGAGUCGCGAUAUGGGAAGUUCUUGGUUGCGAAAAUGGUUGUGCAGGGCGAUCGCGAGGACAAGGACCUCAUCAUACCACAAUUCUAUGGCAAUAUCAAGAGACUCAUUAACCAUCCGGAGGCAUCGUGGAUUGUCGAUGAUAUAUACCGCCAAGUCGCGACACCCCAGCAAAAGGCCAUGAUGCUGCGCGAGUGGUAUGGAGCAGAAUACGCCAUCGAAGGCAAGCAAUUCACCAGCAAACCAUUACCCUCCAACGUGACCGGCGACCUGGCGAAGAUCUUAGAAGAAAGUCCCGAGAAGCGCAAACCAUUCCUUGGCUAUCUCAAACAGCUCAUCAACAACCUGAUUCAGAAGAAGAUGACUGGCUUCACGAUGCUUCACGAUGCUAUGCUGCAGUACUUCCUCGCACUGCCUGCAGGCUCAGAAGAUAGCAACGAAUUCCUUGAGAUCUUACGAAACGACAUUGAUUCAGAAGAGAAUGAUGGCGGUGGAGACCUGUACCGGAACUUGGCUUUCACCAAAUCUGGCUCCAGACUCGUAUGUCUGGCUAUCGCACAUGGUUCGGCAAAAGCACGAAAACAGAUACUGAAGUGCUUCAAAGACCAUAUCGAGACCAUGGCAUUCGACCAGUACGCACGAAUGGUCCUCGUCGCCGGUCUGGAUGUGACGGACGAUACCAAGUUGACAUCGCAGACCAUCCUGACUGAACUUCUGGGACUGAAGAAUGAUGAUACCAAGUCGAAGCAUGAUCGACUGGAGUCCAUGCUCGUGAGCUUGAAUGCCAGGCUGCCGAUCCUGUAUCCUUUGGCUGGUGCGGCAAGAUGGUUAUGCCAAGCGGGAGAGAAAGAGGCUAUUGACGAGAUUCACGCCAUUCGCGCAACCACGUCCAAGAAGGCACCCCAUCAACGACGUGAAGAACUACUCAAAACGGUAUCCGAGCCUUUACUGGAACUCGUCAGAGAACGCGCAGCAACUCUCAUUACCUCCUCAUUUGGCACACAAGCCAUUGCCGAGAUUUUGCUCUCCUGCAAUGCCUCUGAUCGAUCUGCAGCAGCAGCAGUCGUCGCUGCCUUGGCUGAUGGCAACCCUCUGGAAGGCAAGCACAUUGCCAAAGACGCGGCAGUAGGUCGUAUGCUCAAGUCUCUGGUGACCGGUGGUGCUUAUGAUCCUGUGACGAAGUCUGUGACGCUCUCCGAGCCACGACUUGGAUUUGGAGCGACACUGUACUCUGUCAUUAAGGACAACAUCGUCAAUUGGGCAGUUAGCGACUCUUCAUUUGUAGUUGUGGCGUUACUCGAGUCCGAGGACGUGGAUGCAUCCACGAAGAAGAGUGUGAAGAAGGCGCUGGACAAGGGCAAAAAGGAGAUCAAGAAAGCGGCCGAGGGUGGAAAUGGCAAAGCAGAGGUGAAUGGCGGAGAGUCAAACAACAAGAAGAGAAGAAAAGUGGAAAGUACAGGCAAUGCUGGUGCGAGACUGCUGUUGGAGAAGCUGUAGGAAGGUAGGUAGUAGUGCAUCGUGACACAUCCACCGUGUGCGAGAUGUUGGACCUGGAGCCGGCAACAUCCAGCCUGGUGUUGUCUAUGAAUACCUACCAAUGAAAUACAAAAAAGAUCG